AUGUCGGAGGAAGAUAAAAUGACCACCCCCAGCAAGCCUUUGGCUGCCCUUAACUCCCCUACCAGUCUUCGAGCCGAGUCGCCCACGACUGCACGCCCAAUGGACUUUGACGACGAGCCGCAAGAGAGCGGCGUCGUGAGUUCCUCCCCUGCCGCCGCUCAACCUGCCGCCGCGGAGGCAGCCCCGCCAAAGCCGCCACGGCCCCUGAACCCGAGAGAACAAUCUGAGAACACCUUGAAGGAGGCGUUCCCAACCAUCGAGCCUGGUGUCGUGAGAGCUAUCUUGACCGCGAGCGAUUGGAAUGUCGAGCGGGCGUUCAAUGCCCUUUUGGGUAUGACGGAUCCUAAGUCCCAAGAAGAGAUGGCACCGCCUCCAAAGCCACCCCGUCCCAGCCAGGCGACUGCGCAGCAGCGGCAGUUGGAGGCCGACGAAAUGUACGCCCGUCAAUUGUCCGAGCACUACAACCAGUCGCGGCGCCCCGCUCCGCCUCCGGGCUGGGAGACCGAUCCCAGGUACCAGCGCCCCCGAGGCAGCGAAGAAUCAGAAGAGAGGGAAUAUAGCUUCUUUGAUGACGAUUUACCCGUGAUCCGCGAGAACCUUCGCAAGGGCUUCUUGGACACCCAGAAGACGGUUAACUCGUGGGUAACGAACCUCAAGAAGAGAAUUGAUGGAGAUGAUCUGGACGAAGAGCCCAGCCAGAGCCAGCGAGAAACACCUGCUUACGGCCGGCCCCGACGCAGUGGUGAUAUGGGUCGGCGCAGCGGAGAUCGCGAGCGUUAUGAUGCAGACCCCCAGGUUCUUGGAGACGACUUCUCGGCUCUGGAGUUGAGAGAUGGCGAAGCUCCGCCGCCUCGUCCUCCCCGUCCCAACAUCAAUACACGCGCAUCGCCAUCGCCUGAUCGACGCAAGGUGUCUUUCCAAGAGGGCCCGCCCACUGAGAUCGAUAACCUUUACGAUGCACCCUCAUCUACCAAGCGUAACAGCUCCACCGGCAGCAAGUCGAGCAAAUGGCAACCAUUGUCUACCGUCGAACCCUCCCCCGUUGCGGAAAACGAUCCGUUCAGUCUCGGCGAUAGCGACGAUGAGAAGGAUACCAAGAAGGAUCAAACCGCCGUUCCGGCAGGUGAUCAGUCCAAGAAGGCCACGGUCGAGGCCGUUUCCGAGGAUGUCGGUUCCAAGAACCAGGAAAACAGUGAUACCAAGGGUGCCAGCAAGCCCGACGAGUCGAAAUGA